AUCCCCUAGUUCCACAGACAAAGUGUAAGCCUAGUCCUAGACUAAAAUGUAAAUCUGAGCCGUUUAAACAAACAAACAAACUUGCACUGACCUCAAAAUUUAUCAGUGCCUUUGUUUUUCCUAAGCAUGUUUUUUUUAAUUAAAUUACUUAAAUGACCUAAUUGAACUAUGGCCUAAUCCUGGCUUAUUCUAAACCCUGUCUGUAAAACCAGGCCUAUUUGUGUCAACAUGAGAUUAGUGUGAUGAUAUAAUUUAUCUUGUUUGUGCAAACAUUUUCCAGCUCCUGGUUUGACGGUGUAAAUCCUUUCAAUUUUAAUAUAUAAUAUACCCCUUAAACCGUAAUCUCACAUCGAGAAAGCUUUUAGGCAGUUAAAAUAAAAUAAAGAUUUCCAUUGUAAAUUCAUAUUAUUCUGUUUUGCUUUUCAAAUUGAGAGAAGAAUUUUAACUAUUGUCCCCAUAUAACGUAACGUAAACUCAAAACAUUCCUUUAGUACAAAAUGCUAAUUUGGAAUAGACGACGUCUAGGCUUUUAUUUUGUAAAACACGUUGUUUGAGAUCUCGCGAUAAUUCAGCAGAGCUCCGUUCGCCAGAAGAGGCGCCUGUAGUAGAAGGAAUAUCAACAUCAACUUAAAUUGGCUUUUGAAUAUUUCCAGCUCAUAAACGUCGAAGAUGGGUAGAUAAUACAGAAUUUGUCGGAUCAGCUAAACAGAUCGCACUCUGGUUUUGAAGAGGCUCCUGACAGAUAUAUCUUGACUAGCAUAGUAUGACCCAGUACCCACCACAGACCAGUCGCUCGAACUUCUACACUGUUGUGAAAGCAGAAGCCUCUUCAACGCCACCCAUCUCCACCAACAUGGCCAACAGCACCGUCGUCCCCGGGAAAGUUCCAGGCACCCCCGGUCCCGCUGGAAGACUGAGCCCUGAAGGCACUCAGGUGCUUAGUAAGAAGAAACUGCAGGAUCUUGUGAGAGAAAUUGAUCCUAAUGAGCAACUCGAUGAAGAUGUGGAGGAGAUGCUCUUGCAGAUUGCCGAUGACUUCAUCGAGAGCGUGGUGAUGGCGGCGUGUCAGCUUGCCCGACACAGGAAGUCAAACACUCUUGAAGUGAAAGAUGUCCAGCUACACCUGGAACGACAGUGGAACAUGUGGAUUCCUGGUUUUGGUUCAGAUGAGAUCCGACCGUAUAAGAAGGCUUGCACCACAGAAGCUCACAAACAGAGAAUGGCAUUGAUCCGCAAAACAACCAAAAAGUAGCAAGAUGGGAAGCACCAAUAAACUUUUUUUUUUUUUUUUUUUUUUUUUUUUUUCUGCAAGUUUUGGAAGUGGAGAGGGAUUGAACCUAUAUAUGUUAUGUUAAUCAGAGAGGCAGAAUGCGUUGUACUAUUUACAGUACGGUUCAAUUUUUGCAUUCAAAAGGUGCAUAGGAAGUGACACAAAUUGUCUGUACAGUUCACUUUGUGACACAAACCACCAUGUGAACAUUUUAUUUGGGCACCUUGGUCUCUGACUUGGUGCUAUACUGGGGUUUAUUAUAUUAUAGAGUCUCACAGGCUUCUGUGAAAAAACAGUUGUUUAUUGUUUCUCCCACAAACCAUAUUUUCAUUCAUAUUUCGUGUAUAGCUGAAUCGUCAUGCAGUCACACAACUUUUACUCAGCUGGCAUUAAUAGCUAUGCACAAUUACAAUCAUCACGUGUCUGAUUUGUUCAUAGUGUUCGGUGUUAUAGACUUCAUCACUUAAGUAAUAUUUAGUAUUAUAGAGGAAAUCUUUAGUGUGUGACUUUCUAAAGGCAAACAGUCAUUUUUACCGGAGAAAUAAAUACCACUUUCCCCAUUUAAUUCAUUGCAUUGGAGCUAGUAAGAAUAAUACAGAAUGGUUAAUUGGUUGGAGAGUUAUAUAUGUGUAAUGUAUGGGAAAUUGGUGCAUAAACCCUUCCUACUGUGGGUUUGUGGGCAGAUUUUCUGUGGAGUUAAACUGAGUAUAAACUUUUUUUGCCAUGUAUCACAGUGUUUUACAGUCUCUUGUUUUUCAUGAAUAAAAAAACAACUAAUUGUGAUUUA